CAGACCCCUCUCUCUCUCCCUCCCUCCUUCUUCAUCAUCUCUUUCUGCUUCAACGACUCUGUCAGUCUUUACUUUUUGUUCAUACUUAUUUUGUACUUUCAACACCAUCCAUCCACAUCAUCCAUGGCUGAGGAAACCCAAAAACCAACUGAAGAAGUAGUGACCGCCGUGGACGCUGACAAGGACCCCGCUGCUGAUGCAUCUGCUGCUCCUGCUGAAGAGAAGCCACCAUCUGCUGAAGAAGUGGAGAAACCCCUCGAUGACAAGAUUCCCCAGUCGGUUUCCUUCAAGGAGGAGACCAACGUUGUUGGUGACCUCCCCGAAGCUGAGAAGAAGGCCCUCGAUGAACUCAAGCACCUUAUUCAAGAAGCACUUAACAAGCAUGAGCUAACUACUCCCCCACCACCACCCAAGGCCCCUGAGGUCACACAACAAGAUAAGAAACAAGAAGAUAAGAAGGAAGAGAUAAUAACUGAAGAACAAAAGAAGGAAGAGGUGGCAGAAGUAGAACAGGAGCAAGAUAAGAAGGAAGAGGCAACUGAAGUGGAAAAGAAGGCUCCAGAGGUGGCAGAAGAAGAGAAGAAGGCUCCGGAGGUGACAGAAGAAGAGAAGAAGGCCGCGGAGGUGACAGAAGAAGAGAAGAAGGAAGAGGAGGCAAUAGAAGAUAAACCAGUUUCAGCUUCUGAGGAACCUAUAAUUGAAGUUAAACCUGAGGCUGAGACUGCAACAACUGGCGAAGAGAAGAAGGGUGAGGCUGUGGAGGAGGACGGUGAAAAGACGGUGGAGGCUAUUAAGGAGACCAUAGUUUCAGUGUCUGCUCCUGCUGUCGAGGAAGCACCGGCUCCGCCUUCGCCUGAGGAAGUUGAAAUAUGGGGAAUUCCCCUCCUUGCCGAUGAGAGGAGCGAUGUCAUUCUCCUUAAAUUCCUCAGAGCCAGGGAUUUCAAGGUCAAGGAUGCCUUCGCGAUGAUCAAAAACACCGUCCGUUGGAGAAAGGAAUUCGGAGCCGACGCGCUCGUCGAUGAAGAUCUCGGAAGUGAUUGGGACAGGGUGGUGUUUACUCAUGGAUAUGACAAAGAAGGACACCCAGUUUGCUACAACGUCUUUGGUGAGUUUGAGAACAAGGAGUUGUAUAACAACACCUUUUCUGAUGAGGAGAAGCGCAACAAGUUCAUCAGGUGGAGGACUCAGUUCUUGGAGAAGAGUGUCAGAAAUCUUGAAUACAGUCCAACUGGUAUCUCUACCAUUGUCCAGGUGAAUGAUCUUAGAAAUUCUCCUGGACUUGGCAAGAGGGAGCUCAGGCAGGCUACCAAUCAGGCCCUUCAGUUGCUUCAGGAUAACUACCCUGAGUUCGUUGCCAAGCAGAUAUUUAUCAAUGUUCCUUGGUGGUACCUUGCCUUUUCUAGGAUGAUCAGUGCUUUCCUGACACAGAGGACAAAGAGCAAAUUUGUAUUUGCUGGUCCAUCCAAAUCUGCUGAAACCCUUUUCAAGUAUAUAGCUCCCGAGCUAGUGCCGGUUCAAUAUGGUGGACUGAGCAGAGAGGGUGAACAGGAAUUCACCAAUGCUGACCCUGUCACCGAGGUUACUAUUAAACCAGCAACAAAACAUACUGUUGAGUUCCCAGUUUCUGAGAAAAGCCAUCUGGUUUGGGAAGUCCGAGUUGUGGGUUGGGAUGUUAACUAUGGAGCUGAAUUCGUGCCCAGCACCGAGGAUGGAUACACUGUGUUAGUGCAGAAGAGCAGGAAAAUUGCUCCCGCUGAUGAAACAGUAAUUACUAACAGCUUCAAAAUUGGUGAACCGGGCAAGGUUGUACUCACCAUAGACAACCAAACUUCCAAGAGGAAGAAACUCCUGUACAGGUCCAAGACCAAAGCCAUCUCCGAGUAAAGCUUUCGAGGAAGAAUGUCUGAAUUCCCAUGGAUAAGAGAAUGACAUGGUGAAGACCAGGGGUUGUUAUGUAUUUUCAUUGAAAGUAAAAGAACAUUGUGGAAGUUGGGGGUGGGGGAACUUAUUCUUUUAUACAAGGGGUUAUUUUGUUCAUUUGGUUUAUAAAUUAUUUUGUUUCUUGUUUCGAGUCUGGGGGUUGGGCAAUUUUAUUUACAGUUACAGUGACGUGGAUGUGGUAUUUUGUUCAUUUGGUUUUGGAAUUUGAUAAAACAUUUACUGCUUGGAAAUUUCUGAGAUGCAUGAACUGGAUGAAGGACGGUGGGUGGGGAGGGAACACAAUUGGAGUUCAUUUGUAAAGGAAAAAUUAAUGUCUGCGUGAUGAACUGUGGAAGAAAAACUGUUUGCAUUGUGAUGCUCUUAUAGCUGUAAAGUUUGUUUAAAUGUCAUGAUGUAUUACUUUCUUAUU